UUGUGCUUGAAAAUGGGUCGAUCUCCUUGUUGUGAUGAAAUUGGUGUCAAGAAAGGGCCAUGGACGCCGGAGGAAGACAAGAAAUUGAUUGAUUUUGUGGCAAGAAAUGGCCAUGGAAGUUGGAGGAAUCUCCCGAAGCUUGCGGGUUUGAAUAGGUGCGGAAAAAGUUGCAGGUUGAGAUGGACUAACUAUCUUCGACCUGAUAUUAAGAGAGGGAAGUUCUCGGAAGAAGAAGAAUCCGCUAUUAUUAAGCUUCAUUCAGUUCUUGGGAACAGAUGGUCGAAAAUCGCUAGCCAUUUUCCCGGGAGGACAGACAACGAAAUCAAGAACUUUUGGAAUACCCAUUUGAGGAAGAAACUUCUACAAAUGGGUAUCGAUCCAAACACUCACAAGCCAAGAACAGACCUAAAUCAUUUGCUCAACAAUUCUCAAUUGUUCAAUGGGAUAGCAAAUUAUCUAAACAAUGAUCAUCUCAAGUUACAAGCAGAACUAGUCAAGCUCCAAUUACUACAAAAUCUAUGCCAACUUCUAAACCCUACCACACCUUCUCAAGCACUACCCAGCACCCCCCUCGAUCGCCUUCAAAACCCUAACUCUAACCCGUCUCGAGCUAGCUUUUCGACCCAAAACCCUAACUCUAGCCAGCUUCAAGCUGGUUUUACGAGCGGGUUCAUGUCGGGGUCGGGUUUUGAAUACGAGGACAAGAAUAAAGCUAAGAUGGAAGAAAUGGAAAAUUUUGAUUAUGUUCAAGUUGAGAAUUAUUAUCCAAUUCUUCCUCCAUUGACUUCAGAGAGUGAAACAAAUCCAUUGGGUUGCUCCACCAAUUCAAACUCACCUUCUUCAUCUUCUUCAAUUUUUGAUAGCUUGGAGUCUUUGAUGAAUGAGGACGAACCAAGUGAAUCGUACUGGAAUAAUCUUCUACGGUAA